GCGCUUCUCGGUGUCGGGAGAGCCCGGCCCGGUUUCCUGAAGCACCGAGGCCAUGUCGUGGAUCAGGGAAGGAGAGCUUUCUCUGCUGGAGCGGUUCUGCGCCAACAUCAUCAAGGCAGGCCCGAUGCCAAAGCACAUUGCAUUCAUCAUGGACGGAAACCGCCGCUACGCCCAGAAGUGCCAGGUGGAACGCCAGGAGGGCCAUACGCAGGGCUUCAAUAAAUUGGCUGAGACCCUGCGCUGGUGUUUGAACCUGGGCAUCCGAGAGGUGACUGUCUAUGCCUUCAGCAUUGAGAACUUCAAACGCUCAAAGAAUGAGGUGGAUGGGCUAAUGGAGCUGGCCAGGCAGAAAUUUAGUCGAUUGAUGGAAGAACAGGAGAAGCUGGAGAAGCAUGGGGUGUGUAUCCGAGUCCUGGGUGAUCUUCAGCUCUUGCCCCUUGACCUCCAAGAGCUGAUUGCCAAAGCUGUUCAAGCCACCCGAAACUACAACAAGUGCUUCCUGAAUGUCUGCUUUGCCUACACAUCCCGACAUGAAAUCAGCAAUGCUGUGAAAGAAAUGGCAUGGGGAGUAGAGCAAGGUUUACUGGACCCAAGUGAUUUGUCAGAGUCUCUACUCGAUAAGUGUCUCUACACCAACAACUCCCCCAAUCCUGACAUCCUGAUUCGGACUUCUGGGGAAGUGAGGCUGAGUGACUUCUUGCUCUGGCAGACAUCUCACUCUUGCCUGGUGUUCCAACCCAUUCUCUGGCCAGAAUAUUCCUUCUGGAACCUCUGUGAAGCCAUCUUGCAGUUCCAGAUGAACCACAGCAUGCUACAGGCCACCCUGCUCAAGCCUCUGCCCUGCUUGAACCUUAUCCAUGCUCCCCUUCCCCUGCUUAUCUUCGGCAGAAGGCCAGAGAGAUGUAUGCGGAGGAACGGAAGAGGCAGCAGCUGGAGAGUGACCAGGCCGCGGUGACAGAGCAGCUGCUCCAGGAGUGCUAUGGGCCCGGCAGGGAUGGCCAGCUUCGGCGCAUUCUCUUGCACAAACGCUCAUCAGGACGAGAGGAACGUGUCCAGGGCUUCCUGCAGGCUCUGGAGCGCAAACGUGAAGAAUGGCUGGCCCGCCUUGGCACAGCUUCCGCAUGAGGGGGCUGCUCGUGUUCCUGCUCGCUGGCCUAGGGCCUGCUCCACCAUUCCUGAGGGGAGUCAACAUGGGUUUUGAUAAUGAGCUUUGCUGUAAUCCUGGGAACAGGUGCAGUGGGGAUUGGACCUUUCUGCCCAGCUAGAUUCUUUGUCAAUUGAUGCCCUUUGUCCAACCCCCACAGAGGGCUUGGUUAGGGAUGACAGAAGGUGAAUGUCUUCCUUGUGGCACCCUGUAGCUGUCUUAGUACUCAUGAGUAACUUGAGGAGCAUCAGGUCCUAAAGUCAACCUGUUCUUUCAGACCUGUCACCUCCUGAGCUGCUGGUGGCCAGAUUUCCUUAUCUUCCAACAAACACCAUCUUUCAUUAAGAGGCUUUUUAAUACAGGAUUGUCCUCAACCCAGAAAGUACUGUUGUGUUGCCCAGCCCAGCCUCCCACUACCUCUGUGCCUCCUUUGUCCUCGCAACAAGUUUUAGUUCAUUUUGGAUUUAACAGCAGAAAUCUGGGGAUUGUUUUAGGCGUGGGGGGCAGGAGAAGAUGGAAAGCCGAUCAUUUGCUUCCCCUCAUGAGCUUUCCCACUUGGGCACCGCCAUUGAAUCGUCCCCCUACCCCUGACUUGUAAGGUACAGCCCUGAUUGCUCUGCUGAAAACCUGAGCUCCUCCAGUGGUGGAACUAGGCCUUCGAAGACAAUCCAAUUACCUAUUGUUGACUCAGCCCACACAUGCUUUUCUCAGGCAGGGUCAUGGGGCCAGCCUCAUCCCUCCUGCCAGAGCUUGUCCUCUUAACUUGGCUAACUGGGAUGAACCAAUAUGUCCAUUUGGCUGGGACUCCUUUUUCAUGCGACCUGCCAAGGCCAGCAGACAAGGACACCUCUUCCCUGUUGGCUCUGAUAUCUGCCUGCCGUGGCCUUGGCUGUAGCAAUAGCGACCCUUUUGAUAAACAAAGCUCGAGUCUGACCCUUCUUGAAAAACUUCCACUGGCAGCAGUUUCUCUGUCUUCAGCCUUGGUGGACCCCACAGUAGGAACCAGAGGGAAGGGUCAAGGGCUAUGUCCUUCUUUCGUUCUUCUUGCCCUACCAAGAGCGAAAAGCUGAUCAGAGGAUUACCAGCCUGGCCCCUUUGCAGCUUUGAAGGGGCUGUGUUGCUUGAGCCUCCUCUACUUUAGGUGCUUGGGAUAGCAGCAAAAGCUGUGUAAGGCUGUAAUCCUGUCCUGAUGCCAGAUACUCUUGUCCCUUCUUUUGAAAUUUCCAGACUUACUUCCCCCAUGCCUGUCAAAGGGAGUCUAUUUUCCAAUUGCUUGGUCCUCAAAUAGCUUUGUUAUCAACAACACUUUUCAGACAUCUCUCCCCAAAAUAUUGAAGCUACUAGCCAUUACCUUUCCCUUUGAAUAAUCCUUCCUUCCCCCAAGCCCUCCAACACUUAGUAUUGGCACAGGGUACCCAAAGAGCAGGUGCUAUGUAUUUUCCAGCUUUAAAAUGGGAUUGUUGACAGCUUUAAUUAGGGAGUCAUGAAUUAUAAUGCUAUAAUUUGGAGCCCUACAAUUAAGAAGAAACAAGGGGCCGGAGGCAAUGAAUAGAAUUGGCCUUUAGAUGGGCUUGACUGACAUCUAGUCUUGUUUCUCAACCUGCCUAGAUGGUCAAGAUUGACUUGGGUUACUAGGGAGGAUGGCUCUGGUGAUUAAUGGAGUUGGUAUCCUUAAUUGGCCAUCAGUCUUGGGUUCUGGGAAAGAUGUGGGGUGGAGCAGGGAGGAGUUACACCUUAGAGCACCUUGGGUUGUAGCAAUGAGCUUGGAAGAAGAGACCCCACAGUCCCAGGCUGCAGCAGGAUCUCCAAAAUACAGGUGCUUUGAAUUUGUACUGUGGUGGCUAUGCCUUAGUUGCAAGGAAAUAUUAACCUCCAUCCUAGCCCCUUUAUCAAACUCUAGACUUAGAAAUCAGAUGGUAACCGAUUUAAAUGGCCUUCCCUGUUAUCUACCCCCAUUUGUUAAUCUGUAGUCUCCUGGGUUUCAAAUACAUUAAAAAAAAAAAAAAAAAAAA